AUGGACAGCCAGCUGCUACCUGCUCUGCUGCUGCUAUUGCUGCUCGCGGCCUCGGGGCCUCGGGGGCAGGGGACAGGGUCCAGGGAGGCCUCAGGAAACUCCCCGGAACAGGUCCCAGAGGGGAUCCCUGAGGAAGACGGGAUCUUGGUGCUGAAUGGCAGCACCCUUUGCCUGGCCCUGCAGGCACAUCGGGCACUGCUGGUGGAGUUCUAUGCCCCAUGGUGUGGGCACUGCAAAGCCCUGGCCCCUGAGUACAGCAAGGCGGCCACACUACUGGCAGCAGAGACUGUGAAGGCCAUGCUGGCCAAGGUGGAUGGGCCCGCGGAGCCGGAGCUGACCCAGGAGUUUGGAGUGACCGAGUAUCCCACGCUCAAGUUCUUCCGAGAUGGGAACCGGACACAUCCAGAGGACUAUACAGGACCCCGGGAGGCGGAGGGCAUUGUCAAGUGGCUGAGGCGGCGCUUGGGUCCCAGUGCCAGCCAGCUGGAAGACGAGGCGGGCACCCAAGCACUGAUAGAUGCUCACGACCUUGUUGUCAUCGGCUUCUUCCGGGACCUGCAGGGUGAGGAUGUGGCCACUUUCCUGGCCUUGGCCCAGGAUGCGCUGGACCUGACCUUUGGCUUCACUGACCAGCCACAGCUCUUUCAGAAGUUUGGCAUUACCAAGGACACCGUGGUCCUCUUCAAGAAGUUUGACGAGGGCCGGGCUGACUUCCCCGUGGACGAGCUUGGCCUGGACCAGGGCGAUCUGUCACGAUUUCUCCUCACCCACAGCAUGCACCUAGUCACAGAGUUCAACAGCCACACAUCUCCCAAGAUCUUCGCUGCCAGGAUCCUCAACCACCUGCUGCUCUUCAUUAAUCAGACACUGACUUCCCACAGGGAGCUCGUAGAGGGCUUCCGUGAGGCGGCUCCCCCAUUCCGGGGGCAGGUGCUGUUUGUCGUGGUGGACGUGGACGCAGACAACGACCACGUACUACAGUACUUUGGCAUGAAGGCCCAGGAGGCCCCCACCCUGCGCUUUGUCAACAUUGAAACCACCACCAAGUACGCACCUGCAGGUGGGGCGCCGGUCACCAAAGCCACCGUGUCCACCUUCUGCCACUCUGUCCUCAACGCAGAGAUCAAGCCAUAUCGCCUGAGUCAGGAGGUCCCGCCAGACUGGGAUCAGCGGCCUGUCAAGACCCUCGUGGGCAAGAAUUUUGAGCAGGUGGUUUUCGACGAGACCAAGAAUGUGUUUGUCAAGUUUUAUGCUCCGUGGUGCACCCACUGCAAGGAGAUGGCCCCAGCCUGGGAGGCGCUGGCCGAGAAGUACAGUGACCAUCCGGACAUCAUCAUUGCAGAGCUGGAUGCCACAGCCAACGAGCUCGAGGCCUUUGCUGUGCACGGCUUUCCCACUCUCAAGUACUUCCCCGCAGGGCCCGACAAGAAGGUGAUCGAGUACAAAAGUGCCCGAGACCUGGAGACCUUCUCCAAGUUCCUGGACAACGGGGGGGAGCUGCCCAUGGAGGACACCGCAGAGGAGCCCCAAGCCCCCUUCCCGGAGACGGUCAAUUCCACAGAGGCGCCCAAGGAGGAGCUGUAG